AUGGCCAACGUUCCAGAAAUCAAGAAGCUCGCCAUGAUUGGCUGUGGGAGCAUGGGUGGAGGCAUGGCGCUGUUAUUCGCAGAGCAUGGGAUUACUGUCUUACUCAACGACCCGGGCGAAGCUACCGUUGAUAGCCUGUUGAAGACUGCGGAGAAGGACGGGAUCCGAAACAAGCUGGAGAAACACUUGGAUUACGAAGAUCUAUGUAAGAACCUGGACUCUCCAAAGGUCUUCGUCUUCUCUUUACCGCAUGGAACUGUUGGCGAUUCUGUUGUGGAGGGACUACAUCCCUAUCUUGAAAAGGGUGACUUGAUCAUUGAUGCCUCUAAUGAAAAUUGGCGGAAUACGCAACGCCGCCAAGGAAAACUUGUCACUCAAGGCGUCCACUAUGUGGGCAUGGGGGUCUCAGGUGGGUAUCAAGCCGCUCGUCGUGGCCCGUCAAUGUGUCCCGGCGGUGAGGAUCGAGCUCUGGACAUGGUGCUGCCUCUCCUCCAGAAGGUGGCUGCCCGUGACGCGCGUGGAAAUCCCUGCGUAGGCAGAUGCGGAAUGGGAGGCUCAGGCCAUUAUGUAAAGAUGAUUCACAACGGCAUUGAGCAUGGCAUGAUGAGUGCGCAAGCAGAAGCCUGGCAAAUCAUGAACUUAGGUCUGGGUAUGACAUACGAUGAGAUUGGGGAUGUAUUCGCCAAAUGGAACACGGACGGCGAGCUGAGAGGCACAUUUUUAAUAGAUAUUGGAGCUCAAAUCAAUAAGCAGAGAGACGACAAGGGCAAGCACGUCCUUUCUGUAGUGGAAGACAAAGUUGUUCAGGACAUUGAUGGCACAGAGGGAACAGGGGUUUGGUCCUCAGAAGAGGCCAUCCGACUGCAUGUACCUGCCCCGACGCUCUCAGACGCCCACUAUGUCCGCGUAGCAUCCGCCUUCCGAAAAGAUCGAAAGAAGAUCAAGGCCACCUUUGGAGGUCACUUUCCGUUGGAAAAGUGGACAGGAUCCGAGGAAGAGAAGCCUGCAUUCCUUGAGGACCUUCGCAAAGCAGUCUACACAGCAUUCCUUGCAGCGUUCGUACAGGGCAUCAACGUUAUCGACUUAGCGGACCAGGAGAACAAAUGGAGCAUCAACUUUUGCGAAGUCAUCCAGAUUUGGAGAAAUGGCUGCAUCAUCAAAGCUGAUUACAUUGCUGAUUUGCUCGAAGAAAUAUUCAAGACUCCAAAGGACACGGACCGAGAUCUCCUCCAUAACGAAGGUAUAGCGAAGGAGCUAUCGGCUAACUUUGCAGCUCUGAAGCGAGUCGUAGCAAUGGGGGUUCAGACAAAUGCCAUUAUCCCGAGCUUGAGCGCUUCACUGGAGUAUCUGAAAUAUUCCGUCAAUACAAUCUUGCCGACACAAUUCUAUGAAGCGCAGCUGGACUUCUUCGGCAAACACAUGUUCGAUUUGAAGUCGGAGCCAGCGGGGGGGCCCGAAACGGGGCAUCAUCACUAUGAGUGGAAGCCAGCGUAG